AAGUUCUUCCACAGUACCACCACCGCGUACCGCCUUUCCUGGUGCCCCACCACCAACUUCUGCGGUCGCUUUAAAGGGGGCCCCCAGGCCAGCUAUGACUAGUCCAGCAGCAGCAGGCGGCUUAGCAGGUGCUCCGUAUCGCGGUGCCAGUUGGACUCCACAAGGUUACGCUCCAGCUGCUGCUGCAGCGGCUGCUGCUGUCGCCCAACAAGCCUACAGAUAUACAGCUCCAUUGCCGCAACCGGCAUACGCAGCCUAUACACCACAUACAGCUACAACACCAGCAACAACUACGUACGGUCAGCGUGUACCAACUGCAGCAUCGCCAAGUAAUACAAAUUCAAGCAGCUCAUCCAAUACCGGCUCACAGAGCGGAACUUUAAGUACUAGUCUGAGUAAUACCAAUACAAAUACAACAAUGGGUCCUAGUAACGGUACACAGCAACAAGGGGAACAAUUGUCGAAAACAAAUUUGUAUAUUAGAGGAUUGCAACAAGGCACAACCGAUAAGGAUUUAGUAACCAUGUGUGCACAAUAUGGAACAAUUAUAUCCACCAAGGCUAUUUUAGAUAAAACAACAAACAAAUGUAAAGGCUACGGCUUUGUCGAUUUCGAGUUGCCAGCAUACGCCGAGGGCGCCGUCAAGGGACUACAAGCAAAGGGCGUUCAAGCUCAGAUGGCCAAAGUGGGUAUCUGGGUGCUUCAUAGGCCGGCCAUUCAACAAGAACAGGAUCCCACAAAUUUGUACAUCGCAAAUUUGCCACCACAUUUCAAGGAGACAGACUUGGAGAAUAUGCUCUCGAAAUAUGGUCAAGUUGUGUCUACUCGCAUAUUGCGCGAUCAGCAAAUGAAUUCAAAAGGCGUUGGCUUCGCACGCAUGGAGAGUCGCGAGAAAUGCGAACAAAUUAUACAAAUAUUUAAUGGUAAUACAAUACAGGGUGCCAAAGAUCCACUUUUGGUUAAAUUUGCCGAUGGUGGUCCAAAAAAGAAGAAUCUCUACAAGAAUCCCGAUCCGAAUGCGCGAACGUGGCGUGAUCCCGCCGAAGGCAUACCGGUCACCUACGAUCCGACAAUGCAACAAAAUGGUGUUAGUGUUAAUGUUGGUACACCAAUCGGUGUGCCGUAUUCACGUUUUGGUGCACCGCCAGUUAGUAGUUACCCAAUGACAGCUGGCUCACAAUGGAUACCAGGCUAUAUGAUGACGCAACCAAUACCUCAAGUUGAGGAUCAGUAUAUGCAAAUGGCUGCUGCCCCACAAUUGGGAGUCGCCUCCUACAAACCAGACGCAGUCAAUCAGGUGCAACCACGUGGUAUCUCGAUGAUGGUCAGUGGUGAUCCGUCUGUGCCAUAUGGACCAAUGGUGCCACAACUAGCCACAUUGCAAAUUGGCAAUUCCAAUUUCUCUCCAUCAUUACAGUAUAUUAGUCCAACUUAUCCAUAUUAUGCACAACCAACAAUUAUUCCAACAAUGCCAAUGACAGAUUCCGAACAGGCUAGCACAGCUGCAUCACCCGAUGAGGCAUAUACACAGUAUCCACAUCCAGCCGCUCCCAAAUAGGUCAUCGCGAGAUGUAAUAUUAUGAUGCCGCGAUUGACUCUCUAAUGGGAGCUGGAAGUGGAAUCGGAUAAACGCGAAUAACAAAAAAAAAACCACACAAACAUAUGCAACAGCAGCAGAAGAUACUAUAGUAAUAAACAACAACAACAAAAACAACAAAAAUGAAAACGACAAGGAGGGACAAAGCGAUUCAGAACACAACAACAAUACAAUAUUACAACAACCUUUGAACAAAUGAAACAAAAGCAACAGUAACAGCAACAGCAACAGCAACAGCAACAAGGAAAUCGGUGACAACCGGCAGCAAUAAACAUAAAACAAACUUAGAAAAUAAAACAAAAACAAAAUGAAAACAGUUGCCCUACGAAAAUAGUAAAAGUGACUACAGAUUCCAAUAUUUAUUGCAGUUUACUGCAACAAUGCUAAUAAAAGAAAGAAAUGGCAACCAAAACUAGAAGAGCAUAUGAAGAAAAUGAAAAGAACAUAAAGUAUAUAUUUUAUAUUUGUAUGCGAAAAUGAUGAUACUGUGCUAGUGAAUGAGCAGUAACGAAACAUUUUAAGGAUAUAAAAUUAAAAUGAAGAGAAAUGUAAAGACUAAGUUAAACAUACACAUACAUACAUACUUACUAAUAAAAAUAAAGAGAACAAGGGAAGCAAUGCGCAAGAAGAAAAGAAGGAAAAGCAAAAUCACUUGAAAAGUUGAAUGCAAAAGAAGAAAAAAUGCUUAACUGGAAGAAAGCGCUAACUAAAAGGAAUGAAAUUGCAUGGAAUACAGUUCGAAAAAGAGGAAAAAUUAGUAGGCGGGUGAAAAGAAUUUUUGAAGAGUAUUAAACCUAAAGAAAACGGCUGCCCAGCAGUGGCUGGCAAGCAUGUCGAGGGCGCGCGAGAAAAUUAAAUGAAGGGGAAAAUGCCGUUAAGGUCACUUGUAACAGCAGGUGGUCUAUGUAUGUGUGUAUUUUUGCAUAUUAAAAAAAAAAUAAGAAAAUGCUGGUCAGCCAAUAGCAAGUUAGACGAUUAGAAGCGCCAAAAGAUAAAAAAAAAAGAUUUAAAAUAAAAAAUCAAUCACUAAAUACCCGCAAAAGAUGCAAGGAAUUUUGAAUGUCUUUAAUAGAGUACAUUAAAGUAUUUACAUUUUGAAUGAUAUCGAGAGAGGCGGACAGUAGUGAAGGAGUAGAAUGGGUGAAACCAAUUUAUUUAUUUAAUACUAAAAGUAGAAUGCAGUAAUAAGAAGUAACAGACGAUAAAUGGAAUGAAAGAUGCAAUGAUGUUGAAGGUAAUAUAGAAGGAAACGUAAAAUAGAAAAGCGAAAGAAGAAACAAGAACGAAUAAUAAAGAAUGAAGAAUGAAGAAGAAGAAAAACAAAGUUUACUUGAAAUUUUACACACGAUUGUUGAAUUUCUUUGAAUCUUUCAUUUUAUAAAUGACAUUUAACCGUUAUAUUUUAUUUGUUACUUUUUGAAAAGAAAAAAAUUUAAACACAUAUAAUAAUAGUUUGUAACGAAACUGAAAACUGAAAAGAGUAUUUAAGUAGCAUUGAAGUUGAUUAAAACACAUACAUACAUACAUAUAUAUGUGUAUGUAAAUGCUGAUUUGCAUAAAACAUUAGGAAGCUGAAGAAGAUAAAUAAGAAGAGGAGCAGAAGCAGAAGAAUAGUAAUAAAAGGAAGCCACACUAAUACAUACAUACAUUGUACUUUCCGUCUCCAAAUGCAUACAUACCUACAUUUUAAAUAUAUGCAUGUAUGUAUGUAUGAAAAUUUGUUAUAUACAUUUGUAUUGAAGGAUUUCGUUUACGAACACAAAUUAAAGAAAAAAUUGAUUAAAUGAAUAAGUUAAAAACAAGUUGAUAGACGGAUGAUAAUAGAGAAUUGUUGGUCAAAGCGCAAUCCGUUGAAUGUAAAAUGGGUUUGAUGAGCACGCAUGCGCGGCAUUCACGCGAAUGACUAUAAAGAAAACCAACAAAAUGUGUGCAUUCGCUAGCGGUAAAGACGUAGCACGAACAGGCAGACAGACAGUUAGACGGCUGUUGUGAGCGUUAAUUUUUAGGGAAGCAAAGAAAAAUGUGAAAAAAUUAAUGUUAAAUUAAGUCAAGUAGUUGGGGAAAUAAGGACUAAAUUGCAUUUAAGAUGAAAACGAAAAAAGCUAUAUAUUUUUUUUUUUUUUUUUUUUUUAGAAAUGAGACGCAAGCCAUAGAGCUAAUAUGAAGAGUCCACAAAAAAGGAAGAAAAAAAUAAUAGGCGGAUAUGCAAUAGUUUUGAAAACUUGAAUAUGAGAAUAGGAGAAGCAAGGGAAGGGAAAUGUUAAAACGCGUUAGGCUAGAGGACUCAAUUUUGUAGUGAAAAUUUGGCAAUUUUUGCUAAGAAAGAAAAAUAAAACAUAAAAAAUCUAAAAAGGAAAAAAUGAAAAAAGAAAUUGUAGAAUUUUUUACAUACAAUGCUGCAGAGAAGCAGAAAUAGUGAAUAACCGAAAAAGGAAAUUAGAAAACUAUAAUUUGAAAAUAAUGAAAUGAAACAUUAAGUGGAGCAAAGGGAAAAUUACGGAGUAAACUGAAGUAGUGGAUUAGUAGUAGUAAAAAAACAAAAAUAAAACAGAAAAAAGGGGAAUAAGUGCAUAGACUAGACUUAUGUAAGAUAAAAUUGCUGUAGCAUUAGUGUAUUCAAAUAUAAGCAGGAAGUAGAAAGAUGAUGAAAAAUAUAAAGAAAAAAAGAAAAAAACUUGUUUCUAUUUUUAAACUCUUUCUCUCUCUCUCUCUCUUCUCAGUUACUUUGCUGUAGCUUUAAGCGUACUUUGUUAAGCAUUAGCGUUUUUUCCUCUACUUAUUAUUAAGUAUUAUUAAGACUUCUUUUUUUUUAGUCAGUAACUGAGCAAAGAUAACCGUUGUGGGCGGAAAAUUUAGAAAGAAACUUGAAAUAUGUACGUUUUGUCUACGAAAUGACAGCAAGCACUUAGAACGAUUGACGCGUUUCGAAGCAGGAAUUGUUUAUAGUUUACAGCCAUUUUGUGUGCUAGGUACCGCUAUGCUUCUUUAAUGGAUGUUGGCAUAUAUAUACAAAAAAAAAGAUAAAGGAUGCUUACGAUUUAAUGGCUCUGUGCUGUGGAAAUGGCCUUACUUUCUAAUUCGAAAAAGCUUCGAAAAAGUUUUAGGCAAAAACCAGCUGCCAAUGCAGUUAUCGAAAUCAAUGCAAUUAAAUUGCACAUAAUUUUUUUUUUUAUAUUGUUUACUCAAUAUUCAAUAUUUUUUAUUUUUAUUUUUUAAACAAAAAACAACAUGAAAAUGCUUCAAACGGCCUUCAAGCUUAGCACGCCAGCAUCCAUAAGAGCAGCAUAGGUGGUCUUGUUGUGCAAAAUUAUUUUUAAUUAAUUGUAAAAUAUUCAAAUUAAAAUUGAAAGUUAGUUUGUAAAAUACAGAAAAAAUUGACUCGUCGUAAAUAAUUUUCUUUACUUAAGAAAACUGUUGGUAAUGUAUACAUAUUCAUGUAUGUACGUUUGUAUAUUUUCUUUGCAUUGUUCAUAUUUGCUUGUGUAUAAGGAUAUCUUUAUGUUUUACAAAAACGAAAAUUUUUUAAAUCUAUUUUUAAAUACCUAAUUAUUGAUGAAACGGUUCAGAUGCGCCAAUUUUUAUGAAAUUAAGUAGGAUUCACAAGUCCUGGUUGUUUUAAAUUUCUUCUUUUCGCUGAAUUUAUUUUGUAGUAAAUUAUUAUUUUUUGUUUUUAACUUUCAUAUUUUGUGUAUUUUUGCGGCAAGCAAAGCAAUAAAUUUGAACAAAGCUUGUUAGUGUUGCUAUUUUAGUGGUGACCAAAGAAAACUCUACAUUCAAACGGCAGUUUGGGUAUACGCAAAGACACAG